AUGCAGGCACUGGUCAUCGACUGUGGCGGCUCCGCACUUCGCGUUGGUUUUGGUGGCGAGGCCCUGCCGCGCCUGGUCAUGCCCUCGGUGGUGGGCCAGCCGAGGAAGCUACAAGCCACGACCGCCCAAACGGCUGCCUCGGGCUCGAACGCGUGCGAGCUGGCAUUCGGCGCCCAGGCCCUCCAGAACCGAAGCGAGUACACCAUCAAGUACCUGAUGUACCAUGGCGUGGUGUCCAGCUGGGAAAUGGCCGAGCAACUGUGGGGCGCCGCGUUCACAGAGAUGAAGGUGGAGACGGAGGAGCAUCCCGUGCUGCUGGCCGAAGACCCGCUCGUGCCGUGCGUCAGCCGGGAGAAGGCCGCGCAGGUGUUCUUCGAACACUUCAACGUGCCCGCCUACUACGCCGCCAGCCAGCGGCGGACCGGGCUCGUGGUGGACAUCGGCCAAGACAAGACCAACGUCUUAAGCGUCUACGAGGGUCACACGUUGCGUUAUUCGAGCGGACGGCACCAGCUCAUGUCCAUCGGCGGGCUCGCGUUGACUGACUAUUUCAUGCAACUGGUCGGACACUCCUUUGCCACCACGCGCGAGCGAGACCUCCUCAGAGGUGCACAUGCCAACAUGACAGAGGUGAAGGAGCAGGUCUGUUUCACUUCACUACACUACGACGACGAUCUGGCGAUCCUCGCCAAGCAAUCUCAAAUCAGGCUCGCGGGACCGCGAUGGGGCAACCUGGCGGGUACCUAUCUCGAUAACCUGCCCAAUGAGGUCCUGGAGCGCAUCGACCAAGUGGCCGAUCGCAACGAGAUCCGUCAGCGAGUCAAGCUGGGCGACGGCAGAGAGAUCACCGUCGGCGAAGAGAGGUUCAAGUGUCCCGAGCUCCUGUUCCGCCCUGCGCCUACGAGAAUGUGGGACGGGUCGGGCCUGCCGCGCAUCAUCGCGGAGGUGAUCGACAAAAGCCCCCAAGCGCUAAAGGCCAAAUUUUACGGCAACAUCGUCGUGUGCGGCGGAUCGGCGGCCCUGCCCAACCUCGCUCGGCGUCUCCAGGCCGAAGUUGCCGCCCUCGCGCCCCCAGGCGUGGAGGUGCGAGUGGAGAGCCCGGCGAGACCGGGGCUGGCCGUGUGGGAGGGCGGAUCGAUUCUGGCCUCGCAGCCCAGCUUUGAGGGCGCCUGGAUGACCAAGCACGACUACGACGAAUAUGGUAACGCCCGUCCCUUGUUGAGCGCCUCUGUUUCUGAUGACAUUAGUGGCAAGCAGCAGGACUCUGGACUUUUGUGGCGCCAGCUCGGUGUGGUCCUGGUCGUCGACUCGGGCCGCGUGGCCGACACCGGCGCCGACAUCGACACCGACGUCGAGGGUGAGGUCCUCGAGUCGCUCCAGUCUGGACCCGUGAUCGGUCUCAAAUACCAACCCAUCCCUCCGCCGGUGCGGGGUGACAGCAAGCCGAGUCCGCCGCUGCUCAGGUUCCUCGUCCGCGGCUCGCAGAAGAUCGGCCGUGACGGCCCGGCGAUUCCAUCGGCCGACUUUGGGGUGUGGGACGAGGAGAGCAAACUCGUCAAGGUCAGGGAACACAACUACCACCACUUGAGCUCCUUUUACUCUCCGCCCACCACCGCCACCCAGGCCCUGCAAGAGGCCCGCCAGGCCGCCCUCGGCUCCCCAUCCACGCCACCCUCCUGA